GCUAUCAUAUCCAAGAAAUUUAUUAUGCAAUUACAAUUUCUUUCAAUCGCUUCCCUUGUGACUGCUGCUUUAGCUGUUAAUACCACUGUCGUUACCAUCACCUCAUGUUCAGGUGGUUGCAAUGCUUCUACCUAUGAAGGUAAUGCCCAAGCCAACAGGCCUCUUGGUUAUGUUGCCGGAGGGGCGGCUUUGGCUGCCGGUGCGUUGUUGGCCUUCUAAUUUUAUAACUUUUCUAUUUUUUGUAUUCUAGUGUAAUGUACAUGUAUCCAGAAAUCUCGCUACUGCGUAUCUCAAUUGUCUAGUCUGGGAAUCAUUUCUUACUGAAGUCG